AUGAGACCCAUUUUUAUUGAUGGCAGCAACGUGGCAAUGAGCUUCGGACGACACAGAACCUACGAUCUCGAAGGAAUAUUGAUUUGCGUCCGAUAUUUUCUUGAACGAGGCUAUGAUGUCUUUACAUUCGUGCCAAAUAGUAUUAUAUCCCGUUAUUCGGACUUGUCUCAGUCUUACAAGAACACCCUGCAUUGGAUGGCUAAAGAAAGACUGCUAUCGUUUACUCCAUCACGGAAAAUUUUUUGUAAUGGGAAAAAGAAAACAAUGAAAUGUUACGAUGACCUUUUCGUCAUUAAUUGUGCUUUCGAAUUUGGAGGAGCCAUUGUUUCGAACGAUCAAUUCCGAGACGUCAUUGCAAUGCAUCCAGAACUGAGUAGCAUAAUUUUGAAAAGGUCUCGCGACUGUAGUGGGCAUCGAGCAACGCACUCUAUCAGUUUUGCGUGCCAAUAUUUUCUACUACGUGAAUUAUUUAACUGUGACAUCUGUGAUCCAUUUGACGAUGCCCAUUAG